GUUUAGAAACUGAAGCUUCAAGUGAGCUGAUGACAACAAGGUCCAUCAAAGCGACAACUGCAGCAAUUCCUGAAACAACUACGAAAGUUUUGAAAACUGACGCUCCCAUACAGCAAACAAGUGAAUCCAGAAAAGUGACUACUGUAGAAAUUCCUAUAGCUACUACCGAAGGUUUAGAAACUGAAGCUUCAAGUCAGCUGAUGACAACAGGGUCCAGCAAAGCGACUACUGCAGCAAUUCCUGAGACAACUACGAAGGUUUUGAAAACAGAUGCUCCGUUACAGCAAACAAGUGAAUCCAGAAAAGCGACUACUGUAGAAAUUCCUAUAGCUACUACUGAAGGUUUAGAAACUGAAGCUUCAAGUGAGCUGAUGACAACAAGGUCCAUCAAAGCGACAACUGCAGCAAUUCCUGAAACAACUACGAAAGGUUUAGAAACGGAAGCUUCAAGUGAGCUGAUGACAACAAGGUCCGUCAAAGCGACAACUGCAGCAAUUCCUGAAACAACUACGAAAGUUUUGAAAACCGACGCUCCCAUACAGCAAACUAGUGAAUCCAGAAAAGUGACUACUGUAGAAAUUCCUAUAGCUACUACCGAAGGUUUAGAAACUGAAGCUUCAAGUCAGCUGAUGACAACAGGGUCCAGCAAAGCGACUACUGCAGCAAUUCCUGAGACAACUACAAAGGUUUUGAAAACAGACGCUCCGUUACAGCAAACAAGUGAAUCCAGAAAAGUGACUACUGUAGAAAUUCCUAUAGCUACUACUGAAGGUUUAGAAACUGAAGCUUCAAGUCAGCUGAUGACAACAGGGUCCAGCAAAGCGACGACUGCAGCAAUUCCUGAGACAACUAAGAAGGUUUUGAAAACAGACGCUCCGUUACAGCAAACAAGUGAAUCCAGAAAAGUGACUACUGUAGAAAUUCCUAUAGCUACUACUGAAGGUUUAGAAACUGACGCUUCAAGUCAGCUGAUGACAGCAGGGUCCAGCAAAGCGACUACUGCAGCAAUUCCUGAGACAACUACGAAGGUUUUGAAAACAGACACUCCAUUACAGCAAACAAGUGAAUCCAGAAAAGUGACUACUGUAGAAAUUCCUAUAGCUACUACUGAAGGUUUAGAAACUGAAGCUUCAAGUGAGCUGAUGACAACAAGGUCCGUCAAAGCGACAACUGCAGCAAUUCCUGAAACAACUAUGAAAGUUUUGAAAACCGACGCUCCCAUACAACAAACAAGUGAAUCCAGAAAAGUGACUACUGUAGAAAUUCCAAUAGCUACUACCGAAGGUUUAGAAACUGAAGCUUCAAGUCAGCUGAUGACAACAGGGUCCAGCAAAGCGACUAAUGCAGCAAUUCCUGAGACAACUACGAAGGUUUUGAAAACAGACGCUCCGUUACAGCAAACAAGUGAAUCCAGAAAAGUGACUACUGUAGAAAUUCCUAUUGCUACUACUGAAGGUUUAGAAACUGAAGCUUCAAGUGAGCUGAUGACAACAAGGUCCAUCAAAGCGACAACUGCAGCAAUUCCUGAAACAACUAUGAAAGUUUUGAAAACCGACGCUCCCAUACAGCAAACAAGUGAAUCCAGAAAAGUGACUACUGUAGAAAUUCCUAUAGCUACUACUGAAGAAACUGAAGCUUCAAGUGAGCUGAUGACAACAAGGUCCAUCAAAGCGACAACUGCUGCAAUUCCUGAAACAACUACGAAAGUUUUGAAAACAGACGCUCCGUUACAGCAAAUAAGUGAAUCCAGAAAAGUGACUACUGUAGAAAUUCCUAUAGCUACUACCGAAGGUUUAGAAACUGAAGCUUCAAGUGAGCUGAUGACAACAAGGUCCAUCAAAGCGACAACUGCAGCAAUUCCUGAAACAACUACGAAAGUUUUGAAAACCGACGCUCCCAUACAGCAAACAAGUGAAUCCAGAAAAGUGACUACUGUAGAAAUUCCUAUAGCUACUACCGAAGGUUUAGAAACUGAAGCUUCAAGUGAGCUGAUGACAACAAGGUCCAUCAAAGCGACAACUGCAGCAAUUCCUGAAACAACUACGAAAGUUUUGAAAACCGACGCUCCCAUACAGCAAACAAGUGAAUCCAGAAAAGUGACUACUGUAGAAAUUCCUAUAGCUACUACAGAAGAAACUGAAGCUUCAAGUGAGCUGAUGACAACAAGGUCCAUCAAAGCGACAACUGCAGCAAUUCCUGAAACAACUACGAAAGUUUUGAAAACAGACGCUCCGUUACAGCAAACAAGUGAAUCCAGAAAAGUGACUACUGUAGAAAUUCCUAUAGCUACUACCGAAGAAACUGAAGCUUCAAGUGAGCUGAUGACAACAAGGUCCAUCAAAGCGACAACUGCAGCAAUUCCUGAAACAACUACGAAAGUUUUGAAAACAGACGCUCCGUUACAGCAAACAAGUGAAUCCAGAAAAGUGACUACUGUAGAAAUUCCUAUAGCUACUACCGAAGGUUUAGAAACUGAAGCUUCAAGUGUGCUGAUGACAACAAGGUCCGUCAAAGCGACAACUGCAGCAAUUCCUGAAACAACUACGAAAGUUUUGAAAACCGACGCUCCCAUACAGCAAACAAAUGAAUCCAGAAAAGUGACUACUGUAGAAAUUCCUAUAGCUACUACCGAAGGUUUAGAAACUGAAGCUUCAAGUCAGCUGAUGACAACAGGGUCCAGCAAAGCGACUACUGCAGCAAUUCCUGAGACAACUACGAAGGUUUUGAAAACAGACGCUCCGUUACAGCAAACAAGUGAAUCCAGAAAAGUGACUACUGUAGAAAUUCCUAUAGCUACUACCGAAGGUUUAGAAACUGAAGCUUCAAGUCAGCUGAUGACAACAGGGUCCAGCAAAGCGACUACUGCAGCAAUUCCUGCGACAACUACGAAGGUUUUGAAAACAGACGCUCCGUUACAGCAAACAAGUGAAUCCAGAAAAGUGACUACUGUAGAAAUUCCUAUAGCUACUACCGAAGGUUUAGAAACUGAAGCUUCAAGUCAGCUGAUGACAGUAGGGUCCAGCAAAGCGACUACUGCAGCAAUUCCUGAGACAACUACGAAGGUUUUGAAAACAGACGCUCCGUUACAGCAAACAAGUGAAUCCAGAAAAGUGACUACUGUUGAAAUUCCUAUAGCUACUACUGAAGGUUUAGAAACUGAAGCUUCAAGUGAGCUGAUGACAACAAAGUCCGUCAAAGCGACAACUGCAGCAAUUCCUGAACAACUACGAACGGUCUGUUUUUUGAAAACCGACGCUCCCAUACAGCAAACAAAUGAAUCCAGAAAAGUGACUACUGUAGAAAUUCCUAUAGCUACUACCGAAGGUUUAGAAACUGAAGCUUCAAGUCAGCUGAUGACAACAGGGUCCAGCAAAGCGACUACUGCAGCAAUUCCUGAGACAACUACGAAGGUUUUGAAAACAGACGCUCCGUUACAGCAAACAAGUGAAUCCAGAAAAGUGACAUACUGUAGAAAUUCCUAUAGCUACUACCGAAG